UCACAGCUGUAUUAUGACAUUUCUUUGGUCAAACUUUUAACUUUUUUUGAAUUAUGUUUAGGUAUUUAAUGUAAAUUGUAAAUAUCUUUCAAUACUAUGAAGAAUGAAAUUGAUUUUAAAACAAAAUUCCGUUUACUAAAUUCACAAGAAAAUAAUGAAGAAAUCAUUUGGUCCUGUAGUGAUUCAAGUGACUACGAAAACAGUAUCAGUGAAAAAAAUUAUAACUUUACAAGAAAACACAAUUAUAGGAAAAGAAAACGUAAACCGAGUAAGAAGGCUCUGAAAAAUAUUUCUAAUUUAGAUAUUACUAUAGUAGAUAGCACUCAGGAACAGUCCAUAGAAGAUGGUAAGAAAUCACCUAUACUUGUGCCUAGAAAUUUAAUAAAAAAAGAGAGUAGUCAUGAAAAAAGUAGAAUUCAACCGUCAAAUAUCAAGGAAAAACGAUCCACUUCUCCUAUACUUGGCUUAAAGAACAGUAAAAGUGGCAGUAAACUAUGUAAAAGUCAUAUUUUAGUUCCAAAAUCAAUUAGUAGUCCAGGCGUCAGUAAAAAAUUGUUUAAAGAUGAAUUCAAAGAGAAAAAGAGAUGCAUAUCACCAAUUAUGAAAAGUGUAUCAAAUGAGAAGAAAACAGGUAUACGUGUGUAUGAAAAGCAAAACAUUUCAAUAAAAAGUGAACCGUUAGAUGAAGAAUCGUCAGAGAACUCAAAUGAUCUAGUCAUUAAAAACAACUGUGAUGAUGAUUUACCGUUAAAAAACUCAGAUCUAAUUGCAAAAGUUAAAAAUUAUUUCUCAAGUAACUUCAGUUCUGAUUCUCUAUCCCAACUAUCUAUAAGUGAAUAUGCCACACCUAAAAACAGUUCAAAAACGAGCGAUGAAAUUGAAAUUUCUGAAAUAUCACAAAAAUCUUUGCCUAUCAAGAACGAAAACUCCUCUUUAAAUUCAAAUGUUGAAUUAGAAACCAUAGACAAUAACAAAAAAAGCAAAUAUAAAAAGGAUGGACUGGCAUAUCGCUUGAAUGAUUUAUUAAAAAAACAAAACGCAAAUAUUUGUCUAUGGCAGCAUGAAAAGUUUUUGGCGGCAAACUCCAAUUUUGUAAUUCCUAAAGGUGCAUUCACACUAUUAAGAGUAAAGAAUGUUCACAAUAAAUUUGGAUGUUUCUUACUAAAUGCUAUAAAUGAGAAAGACGAGGAAUUUCUUAUUUUAAUCAACCAUCUGUAUUGUAAAGAUAAAAUAGAAACAAAUGUGAUAUUAAAACUGUAUGAACCUUUUAAAGUAUUACCAUUCAGUGAUCUGUAUAAACUAAUCGUUAAUGUCUGUAAAUAUGAAUGCUUGUCAUUUAUUUUAUAACUUAAAUAAAUUUAGUAAAUCUU